AUGGAUGAGAAGAAGAUCGGCUUUUUUUCUACUGAUGGCCAGAUGAGGGAUGAAGGUCUCAAGGGUAACGGCCAGCUCGAGCAAACGAUUGACCCGAAGAAGGAGAAAAUCCUGUUGGCCAAGCUCGAUUUGCUCUUUACCCCUGUCAUCAUGCUGGUUUAUUUGAGCUGCUUCUUGGACAGGACCAACAUUGGAAAUGUGAAAGUCGCUGGAAUGCCCGAAGAUAUCGGGGCGUCUGACCAGCAGUUUUCCACGGCAGUCUCCAUUUUUUAUGCAACCUAUGUUGCCUUUGAGACGCCUUUCGCCAUUAUAUUGAAGAAGGUGACGCCUCGCGUACUUCUGACUGGACUCUGCAUCGUAUGGUCACUCACCACGAUCUUCUCCGGGUUUAUCCAUAACGUUGCUGGACUCUACACCAGCAGGCUCAUUCUCGGAGCAUGUGAAGCAGGGCUAUUUCCCUCUCUCACAAUUUAUCUUUCUAUGGUAUACCGUCGAGAAGAACAAGCCCGGCGGAUAGCCUACCUCUUCAGUUGUGCAGCAUUAUCAGGAGCAUUUGGUGGCCUUCUGGCUUAUGCCAUCCUUCAAAUGGACGGCGUCGCAGGCUAUGCAGGAUGGCGAUGGGUCUAUAUCAUUGAAGGCGUCUUCAGCAUCUUCAUAGCAAUCCUCGUCUGGUAUGGCCUCCCAACGGACCCAGCCCUUCACCCUUGCUUGACAGCCGAGCAAAAGCAAAUGAUGAGAAUUCGCCAACACCAAACCGCUGCUUAUAUGGGAAGUGAUGAAUUUAAGUGGGAGGAGAUCCGAAUCGCCUUCAAGGAUCCAAAAUUAUAUCUCAGUGGCGGGAUCCAAUUUUGUCAGGAUAUCCUGUUAUAUGGCUUCAGCACAUUCUUACCGGCGAUCCUGAAGUCCAGCGGCUAUGAUCGACUACAGAGUAACCUACUUACUAUACCUGUCUAUAUUGCUGGAGCCGUUAUCUUCAUCAUUGCGGCAGUCUUCUCCGAUCGGUUCAUGCUGCGAUCUCCAUUCAUCCUGGUGGCGAAUAUAUUCGGCAUUGCUGGUUACGUCAUUCUCUUAAUUGUGUCAAAUGAUACUGUCAAGUUCGGGGCGACUUUUCUAUGCGCUGUGGCUGUUUACAUUGGACCCGGUGUCAACAUCACAUGGCUGAGCGUUAACGUUGCGCCUCAUUACCGUCGAGCAGCUUCGAUAGGGCUACAGCAGACGAUUGCAAACACUGCUGGUAUUGUGGCAGGGCAAAUCUACAGGAAGUCGCCGUACAAGCUCGGCCACGGAUUCUCGCUUGGAGCCCUUUGCCUCAGCCAACUUUUGAUCGUGGCCAAGAUGAUAUACAUCAAAUGGUGGAAUGUUAGAAAGGAUAAGAUUGCUAGUGGUACAAUUGCGGACACUCGAACCGUGACGAGUGGUGAUCGAGCCCUAGCUUUCAGGUAUCAUUUAUAA